CCGGGGAGGAGCGGGACUUCCGGCGGCGCGCGAGCCGGGAUCCGGGCCUGGUUCGUCCUUCGCGCCCGCACGUGCGUUGCCGCGAUGCUACCGCUGCUGCGCCGAGUGCCCCGCGCCCUGGGCUCGGCGGUCGCCGGGCUCCGCGCCGCCCCCGCCCUGCCGCCUCCGACCCUGCUGCGGCCCGCGCCCCGGCCGUGCGUGCGGCCCUUCGGGCUCCUCCCUGUGCGCGCGGGCCUCCUGCGCUCCCGCGGGCCCUGCGGCUGCGGCUGCGGCUGCGGCGGGCUGCACACCCAGGGGGACAAAGCUUUCGUCGAGUUCCUGAAUGAUGAGAUUAAGGAGGAAAAGAAAAUACAGAAGCACAAGUCCCUCCCCAAAAUGUCUGGGGGCUGGGAGCUAGACAUGAAUGGGACGGAGGCCAAGUUAGUGCGGAAAGUAGCUGGAGAAAAGAUCACCGUCACUUUCAACAUCAACAACAGCAUCCCGCCGACGUUUGAGGGGGAGGAGGAGCCGGCCCAGGGGCAGAAGGCGGAUGAGCAGGAGCCUGAACUGACAUCCACUCCCAACUUCGUGGUGGAAGUCAUCAAGGAUGGUGGCAAGAGGGCUCUGGUACUGGACUGUCACUACCCGGAAGACGAGGUGGGGCAAGAGGAGGAGGAUGAGAGUGACAUCUUCUCCAUCAGGGAGGUGAGCUUCCAGGCCGUGGGCGAGUCGGAGUGGAAGGACACGAAUUACACGCUCAACACCGACUCCCUGGACUGGGCCCUGUAUGACCACCUGAUGGACUUCCUGGCCGACCGGGGGGUGGAUAACACCUUUGCGGAUGAGCUGGUGGAGCUCAGCACAGCCCUGGAGCACCAAGAAUACAUCACUUUCCUUGAGGAUCUCAAAGGUUUUGUCAAGAGCCAGUAGAGCAGCCUGACGCUGAGCGGGGACAGAUGGCGGGCCCUGGCCAGGGAAGGAGCCCGCAGUGAAGCAGGACGUGUCCCUGGAGAUGGCUUUCUUCCUGAUAUCAUGCAGAAUAAUUCAGAUUUAAAUUAUUUCCUUUGCCCUCUUAACUACUCUUCAUUUACUGCUUCUGUACGACUCUCCCACUCCUAGAUUUUUGUAUAACACAAUAACGGACAAUAAAACUGGUUUAUCUUCUCCCAA